AUGGCAGCUACAAACUUAGCCACCCAAUUAACAGCACUUGUUGUAGAUGACAACAUACUCAACAGAAAGAUUCAUCAAAAGCUGUUGAACAGUGUUGGAGCGAAAACACAGGGAGUGGAAAAUGGCAAGGAAGCAGUUGACAUUCAUUUCAUCAAUGGACAAAGAUUUGACCUAAUUUUCAUGGACAUGGAUAUGCCUAUCAUGAAUGGCAUUGAGGCCACAAAGAAACUUCGCUCAAUGGGUAUUCGUAGCAUGAUUAUUGGUGUGUCAUCACGCUCUACAGAAGCAGAAAUACGAACAUUUAUGGAAGCGGGGCUGGAUGACUAUCAAGAGAAACCCUUAACCAUUGCUAAGCUUAGUUCAAUCCUUGAUAAGAUCAACCACAAUCUUACUUGA